AUGGGGCUCUGGGGGGACAUCUGUCCCCUCUGCUUCUGGGGGAUGGAGUGGCUGUGGUCAGUCCUCCCCUCGCGUUCCGCGGUUGUCCGCUUCCUUCCGCGGUGUCUGCCGUGCCUGCGUCCCUGCUUCAAAGCGAAGGGGCAGAAGCGACAGGGCGACGAGGAAGAAGCCCUCCAGAAACAUGUCGGGACGUUGUGUGUACGCACGCACACCCCCAGUUCGGCUCAGCCGGAGUCGCCGGGGAACUCGCACUUCCACGUGGCGAAAUGGACAAACGUGAUUCGGACGACGCAGUACACCUGGUGGAACUUCUUGCCGAAGAACCUCUGGUCCCAAAUCAGUCAGCCCGCAAACUUUUACUUCCUCGUCAUGGCUGUCAUGCAAAUGGUUCCGCAGAUCUCCGACUCGGACGGCCUCCCCACCUUCCUCUUUCCGCUCACCUUGGUGAUGGUGAUCACGGCGGCGAAGGACGCGUACGAAAACGUGAAGCGCACUCGAGCCGACCAAGAAGAAAACAACCGCCUCUGCCGAGUCGUGAAUGCCUCGGGCGAAGUCGACCUCGUGCCUUGGAAACAUCUGCGACCGGGAAACAUCGUCAAGCUCCAGUGCGACGAGGCCGUGCCGGCGGAUAUCCUGCUGCUCAACUGCGCGGAUGAGUACGGCGUCGCGUACGUUGAGACGGUGCAAUUGGACGGAGAAACAAACCUGAAACACAAAAUGUGCAUCCCCGAAAUAGCCGACAUGGUUCGCAAAGACCACGAUGCCUCCGUCCUCUCACUGGAAAUCAGCUACGAGCCGCCGUCCGCAGAGUUGUACAAGUUCUCGGGCGUGGUGACUCUGAAUCCGCCAACGAGCGUGCACGGCCGGCAGUCGGUGCUCAGCUGGGGACGCGCGAGCUUGGCGCAUCUGCACACGGGCAACACCCGGCUGAGUCCGCGGGCGGCGACUCCGCAGUCGGCGACUCCGCAGUCGGCGACGCCAGGCGGAAGCGCAGCGGGGUCAGUUCGGGCGAAUUCGCAGACUCCACGAUGGCCAUCCAAGUCGGUAGAAGGGAAGACUGGACUCUCUCCCGCUCACGCGUCUCGUCGCUACACGCAAGGCGUCGACUGGGAGGACCCCGCGGGGGAAGAACUCGAGGCUGAGAAGAAGGAAGAGGUGAGGGGCGGCGGAGGCAAAAUGUCGCUUCUCCAUCCGACCAGGACGCUCAACGUGUCUCUGUCGGGGCUGCUGUCGAGACAGUCAUCCAAUUCUCUGGGAUGCAAAAAAGCGGCUCCUGCGGCAGUCAGCCGCUCUGCUCUGGCGGUGCCCCGGGCAGAGACCAUGCGUCCGCCUUCGCCUCAAAGGUUCUCUGUUGACAUCUCUCAGUUUCUGUGGAGAGGCUCCACCGUGCGAAACACCGCGUGGGCGUACGGCGUCGUCCUGUAUACGGGACAGCACACGCGCAUCAUGAAGAACACACGCACUCGAGAACUCAAAUACAGCAGGUUACAAGUCUACUACAACCAACAUGCUCUGCUUCUGGCCAUUGCGCAGUUUUUGCUGUGCCUGAUUGCGGCUCUCGCAUUCGCGUCGCAUAAUCAAAACAUGAGCGACAACGCGUGGUACCUGGAGAGCUUGUGGGAGUCGGGCGUCGGAAACUUUUUCGCCUCCCUCGGAGUGUCCUUCGGCCAGUACGUCCUCCUCCUCAGCUACUUUGUCCCCAUCACGCUCUUGGUCCAACUGGAGAUGUGCCGAGCCUGCCAAGCGGGUUUCCUCUCCGUGGACGACCGCAUGUUCUGUCCGGCGACCGGGCAGAAGGCGUCUGCGCAGUCCGUGGCUCUCAUGGAGGAGCUCGGGAGCAUAACUCACGUCUUCAGCGACAAAACGGGCACCCUGACGCAGAACCUGAUGCAGUUCAGGUGUCUCGCCGUCGGCGACACGCUGCACGGAUUCGACGAGUAUCAGGAGAUGAAAUCGUUUGUGAGUCACAGCAGCGUCGUCAGCUCGAUGGACGCUUUCGAGUGUGCGGGAACGCGACUGGAUUCCGGGCACUCUUCUGCGACGUUCCGCAAUCCUCGGCGGCACGACGCAAAAGGCAGAUAUGACGCAGACGCAAAAGGCGAUGAGACCGUCUCUCCAAACAAAUACGUCCAUUUCAAUGCCCGACUCUUCGCGAACCGCAUGCUGCGGGCGUCGAAAACGAAUCAACAAAAGGCGGCGGAUAUCUUGAUGGUGAUGGCCCUGUGCCAUUCGGUGCUGCCGAAGCAAGACUCGCCAACGCCGGGGACGAAUCCCCUCGCAGCCGAGCGGAUGCCGAUGGAGGGCGCAGGCGAUCGGUCGCGCCGGUCUUCCUCAGUGUGCCGGCAUCUCUCAGGGGAGCCUGACAGCAGGCGCCCUGGCCCCGGCGAGGGGCCAUCUGUCCCGUCGGUUGGAUCAAAGCACGAAUCUUUUUUCCGUCUGCCUUCGCAGGCGCCGAACGCGCCGGGAGAAAACGGGGAGUCUACUGCAGACGCGAAGCCUCAGGGAGGUCUGCUGCCAGUGGGAGAGGAAGUUGCCUCGCGAAGCGAGCGACAGCCGGCGAAGAGGGACGGCCGCGGCGGCGUGCUGAGAAGCGCGUCUCUUGUCUCGGGAAAGGACGAGGAAGAAGAAGGACAAAGGGAAAAGCCUCUCUCGGCCAGUGCACGGGUAGCAGCCGCGCCGCCUGCCUCGAUUCUGGCAGGGCGUCUCGAGCUCGAAGCGGAGUGGGCAGAGGAGGCGCGACGAGAGAACCGGAAAGGAAUGGAAGAAGAGCAAGGACACUAUUUCGAGGGAACAAUGAGCGUUCGGCGAUCGGGUGCUUCAUCGGGGGGUCUGUUUCUCUCGCUUCCGCUCGCCUCGCCGGGGUCAUCAAACGCACCCAGCGAGCGACCGUCCCCGAGAGAGAACUCGUGCCCAGACGCACCGUUCGCCCGCACGGGCUCAGCCGCACCGGCUCCCCUGCUGGCAAAGGGUUGCCGUCUGUCUUCAGCAGGCGCGAGAGAGCGCGCGGACUGGGAGAUCCUGCAAGACGGUAGCGAAAGCGAGAAGCGAGAAGGCGGACUGGCCUCGCAUGCGUCCUCGCUUUUUUCACCCGACUCGUCACUCCACUCAGAGGAAGUGGAGGACGAGGAAGAAAGCACUUGCCAGUAUUGCUCGAACUGCAUGCGGCCGUUGGAACUGGAUUCCGACGAAGAAGAUCCGCGCUCCUUCCUUUCAGAGGCGUCUGCCUCACCCUCGCGCCCUGUGCCGGUCCUCUCGGACGUCUCCUGGCCGUCGUUGUCACCGCCGUUCGGCUCCACUUUGUCGGCGCGUCUCGGCGAAGACGAGAAAAGCGAGGAAGCCGCCCAGCACUGCGCGAAUUCUUGCGCUCCCUCCUGCGUGCGUCGCUCUGACCCAAAUGCGCCUCGCAAGCCAGAGGCGUUUGCGGUAGACGAGGGAGAAUCUGGAGAGGAAGACCAACGGGACAGAGACUGUGUGACGCUGCGACAGGGAGAAAAUCGCACAAAGUACAUUCGCGAAGAGCCGCGCCACGAGGCGCCAGUCACCGGCCCUGGUGUCGGAUCUUCCGAUCCCAGAGAGCAGGAUGGCGAUUUGCUCGGCGUGGACGUUCCUGCGCGCUCGCCGAGUCUGUCUCUGUCCUUGGCCUCGCCGGUUCCUGGCUCCUCGCCCCGGAUGUCUUCCCCGAGCGUCGGGCGUUCGCCGUCGGGGUCUUCAGCGCCUCGCGGCACGCCCGUCCCCGUGGCGUCUGUGCUGCUUCCUUCCGAGAGUUCGCCAUUUCCAGGCGGAAACGGGAGGCCGGCUGGGCAGUGCGGAGAAGGUGCGCUGGAGCGCAGAGAAGACGGCGGACCUGGAGGCGCCUUGGCCGUUCAGCUUGCGGCGGUGAAACUGACGAAGGAGGCCGAGUACGACGCGUCUUCGCCGGACGAACUGGCUCUGACGGCGGCGGCGAAGCACCUGGGUGCCGAGUUCCUCUGUCGUCCCUCGCUGAGCACCAUCCAGCUGUGCCUGACGUCUCGGUUCGCGGAAGACUGUCUCCUCUCCCGAGCCGACAAGGCCUACUUGGAGAGGCUUCGGCAGAAGAUCGCAGAGCAGGAGGCAGCCGAAGGGCGUGCGGAGACGAGCGAAGAGCGGCAAGAGCAGCCGAGCGAGGCAGAGAAGAAGCGUGGCGGGGCUGCUGGGUGGGGCCAUAGGUUUUUGAAGGCGGACCGCGGGGGCGAGGCGAGCGGGGAAGGCUGGCAGAAGCCUGGCGCGGAGGGCGGCGCCGAGAAGCAAGACCAGGCGUCGCUCGUGCCGCUCGUUGUAUUUGACGUGCUGGAGGUCCUCGAAUUCGACAACUUUCGAAAGCGCAUGUCCGUGGUGAUUCGCGACAGAACCGGGCGCCUCAGGCUCCUCGUCAAAGGGGCCGACUCGUCCAUGCUCGACAUCGCCGCUCCCGGCCAGGAGCACAUGAAGCAGGAGCUGAAGGCGCAGCUUGCGGAGAUGGCGAGUCAGGGGCUGCGAACGCUGGUGAUGGGCCAGCGGUACUUGUCGGAGCAGGAAUUCGACAGGUACCGCACCUUGCUCCUCGAGGCGAAGGCGAGGACUGGCGACCGGAAGGAAGAGGCGAUGAAUGUCGCGCUCUCGGAAAUCGAACGAAACAUCGAACUGCUUGGAGCCAGCGGAAUCGACGACAAGCUUCAAGAUCAAGUCGCCGAGACGAUUUCUGAUAUCAAGCAAGCAGGUGUGAAGCUGUGGGUGUUGACUGGUGACAAGAUGGAGACGGCGAUCGCCAUCGGCCACUCGUGUUCGAUUCUCACGGAUGCUACAUAUAAUGCGAUUGUGGACGGAACCAGCGAAGCGAUGGUCAAGGAACAGUUGCAUCAGUACAUGAGUUACAUUGUCGCUGCGCAACUGGCGAGUGAGGCCUUUGAACAAAUCGCCCUCAAGUCCAUGGUGGACAGGGCAACGUCAGAAAUUUCCGAUGUCUCGAGCUCUGCAGUUCGGCGCGGCGCCGACCCGGGCGCUCGAGGACCCGGCGAGAAGUUCUCGUCUCAGAAGGGAGGCUCGCAGAAGAAGGCGCUUCGAGUCAGAACGCCCGGCCAGUGCAUCCACUGUUUGGCUGGCGCUGUGAAGCAGAAGGCGAGAUGUGUGGGCAGAAGGGCGUACGAAGACAGCGAAGCCGACUCGGUUCGAGCUCGACGGGCUCGCCACGCUCCCCCUUCGAUGCCCUGGGAGGAGUUUGUGAAAAUCUUGACGUUCAAUGCGAACAGGAAGGUCGUCAAAGCGGAUCCGAAGCAACGGAAAAACAAGCGUUUGUCACCUGCGCAAGUCGAGGACAUUGUCCAGGAGUAUCUGGAGCACUUUGACAAGAGCAGUGAAGAGAACCAGAAGGAGCGGUCGAAGCGCGGAAAGUUCGCGUCGGGGAAAACGAGCCGACCCUCCAGCGGGGCUGUGUCGUCCCUGCAAAACGCUGCAUGCUCGUCCGGGUAUUCGCGGUUUGGGAACCGCAAGCAGGCGAGCAAAGGGCGAGAGAAGGAGCGCGGCCAGCGCGGCAAACCCGACAAGUCCGACGGGGAGUCUGAACGCGACGCGGAGAACGGAGACGGGCGGCCAGGGCGAAGCGUGAGUCUGCCGGCGCCGCAAGUCCCGGAGGGCUCGGAAAAGGAGCAGGAGAGCGAAGACCAUGCGGGCGAGGAGCGAGACCCGGACGGCCUCGGGCGCGGAGACGCAGCGUUCGGCAAGGCGGCGUCGCACGCGAGCGAAGCGUUUUCGAGCUGCGAGCUCAGUCCGCAAGAGUCGUCCUGUCGCGCGUGGGGGGAACUGGACUCGAGUCGAUCAGACAAGCUCGCACGAGACGAUCAAAAUCGCUCGUCAAAGCAUCCCCUCAGCUCCGCAGACACCAACUCGGUGAUGCGCGAAGCCGCCGUUGAAGGCUACGAAGCUUGCGCCAUCACGAUCACGGGAGAAGCCCUGACGCACGCGCUGUCCACAGCCGAGAAUCGCCGAUACUUUUUCGGUCUCGCGAACUUGUGCUCGACCGUCAUCGCGUGCCGAGUCAGUCCGAAGCAGAAGAGCGAUGUCGUCAUGCAGUGCAAGAGGUACCAGAGCGGAACUGUCUCCCUCGGCAUCGGGGACGGCGCCAACGACGUGGGGAUGCUUGUUGCUGCAAACGUCGGCGUCGGAAUCCGAGGCAAGGAAGGCCUGCAAGCCGUCAGAGCCGCCGACUUCGCGAUCGGCGAGUUCAAAUUCGUGCGAAAUCUGAUGUUCUGUCACGGUCGGGAAGCGCUGCGCCGCAACGCCUUCCAGAUGUACCAAACAAUCUUCAAGAACGUCGUUUUCGGCCUCGCAGAUCUGUUUUUCGCCUUCGUCUCGGUCUUUGCUGCCUCCGAUAUGUUCAACCCCUGGCUGAAGCAGCUGUACAACGUGCUCUACACAUGCAUCCCGGUCAUGCUUUUCACCGUCUUUGAUCGCCAACUCCCCUACGACGUCCUCCUGCAAACCCCUGUCCUCUAUCCAGCAUUCAGCAAGCUCGGCGUCAAUAUGUUUGCGGGAACGCGCACGUUCUGGAAAUGGUUGCUCUUUGGCUUCUACGUCUCCGCCGCUCUCGUUUACUUCCCUCUCUACGGAAUGGGGUGGGGUUUCGCGUAUACCGGUCAUGAAGGGAUCAUUACCUUCCCUCUGGCCUUCUAUGGCGCGGUUGUCUUCUGGUGUAUCAUUCUGGUCUGCAACCUCGUGAUGGUCCCCUUCUUACACACCUGGUUCUGGUUCAUCUGGCUGGGCAUCUUCGUCGACUUUGGGUUCUGGUGGUUGUCGCUGGAGAUUUGCCCGCGAAUGUCGGAUACUUUCUGCACGGAUUUAGCUGGAAGCGUCGAGGCGAUUCACCAAGAUCCUCGCUACUAUUUCGCCUGCAUCAUCGCCGUCUUUGUCGCACUCUUCCCCCAGUAUCUGAUUUGGUUCUUCAAGGUCGCUUUCCGGCCGUCAGCGCCGUGCGUGAUUCGCGAGCGCAUCGCCAAGGGCGUUUUCGACGUUGUCAUUGCACCUCGGGGAGGGCAAAAGAUGGCCGUUGUGGUGCCCAAGAAAGUCUCCAAUGAAUGGAGAGGCUUCGCCUUCGCCGAGCAGGACCACACGCGCUGGGGCCAGCACCGACGCUCCAUGCGAGCUGUCCUGGAGGGGCAGCCGAGCCAGAGCUUCCUGCCUGAAGCCUCAGAGGUGAAUCCUUCUCUGUCGAACCGUCUGUACUCCUCCGUGCUUCCUGAAAGCGCCGCCGACAACUCCCCUCUCGGACGCCUCGCAGACGGGCGGGACGUGGGAUCGGGCAGCGCCGCGCCGCUCGAACAGCGCAGCUUGGCGCGGCGGUUUUCGGGCAUGGGCACGCGCUCGCUCGGUACUUCUGGCCAGGGAGCGGAGUGCGAAAAGGAGGAGAAGCAAAGCGGAAAGGAAGAACUCGACGGCGCGCCAAGCGGCGCCGUGACGGGCGAGAGUCUCGCCAAUCCGUCCGCGCGUCCCAUCGCCGCAAACGACGCGAGGCCUGGUUCAGAUGGGGCGCAGUGA